UAGCUAACAAAAUAGGUGGAUGAUAUAUGUUCCAUUGCACUAGCAGAGUAGCAGAAAGCUUGGCCGCUUUAUAUAUACCACUGGGACUCGAAGCUUGUACUUCUUCUACCUCUGCUGGCCUGGUUGGUUUAAUUUACGACCACUUCUUGGGUUAAGCACACUACUAGCUACUGCACAAUCACAGCAAAUGCUACCUUAUUACCCUAACAGCAGGCCUCAUCGCCAUCACCAUCACCAUCAUUGCGUCUACCAGCAAGAGCAGUCACUCUUCCAGAACCCUACUGCAGCUGCGGCUGCGGCUUUCCUCAUGCCGGCGACCGCGUCGAUGUCUGCUUGGGACGGGUACGGCGCGCAGAUCUUCCCCGCCGACAUGAUGCUCCGCCACCAGGAGACCCUGGAGGCCGUGCUCCAGCAUCCGGCGGCGACGGUGCUGGCUCCCCUGCGGGCACCGGAAGCGGGCCAACCGGCUGCGGGGGAGGGGGAGCUGAGAGACGCGGCGCCGGCGGGGGCGGAUGGCGGCGCCGGCGGCGUCCAUGGCGCUGCCGUGCCGCGGAGGCGGCCGUACCGGACGGACCGGCACAGCAAGAUCCGCACGGCGCAGGGCGUGCGCGACCGGCGGAUGCGGCUGUCGGUCGGCGUCGCGCGGGAGUUCUUCGCGCUGCAGGACCGCCUGGGGUUCGACAAGGCCAGCAAGACCGUCAACUGGCUCCUCACCCAGUCCAAGCCAGCCAUCGACCGCCUCCCCGCGGUGGUGACGAAGGGGGGAGGGGAGGGGAGCUCCUCGAGCACUUGCUGUUUCAAGGACUCGAGGGAGGAGAAGGCGGCGGAAAAUGGAAGAAGCAGAGUUGGCGGUCGUGAUGGGCCAGCAGCGGCGCUCAUGGAAGAGCACGGCGGCGGCGAGGUUGACUGGAUCACGUCGGACGCCGCAGCGGCAGCGCCGCCGCUGCCGCCGCUGCCGAUGGACGAGUUGGAGUACUACUACCAGUACUACCUGCAGCUUGAGGAGAUGAUGAGAUGCAACAACGGAGGAGGGCCAAGGUGAUUUCUUGUAUGGUAUGUAAACAAAUUAGGUCUCAACUCUAUAAAGCCUGAAGGUUUCUCUAUAGCGUAAUUAAUUAGGCUUCUGCUGCCAUGAUCUCCAAAGCUACAAAUAUAUGGUACAUAUACACGAGCUGGUUCUCUAUCGAUCAAGAGUAUUAGCCGGGGUUUGCGGUAUCGAAAUUUGGUUAGUGGAAAUUAGCCAUACAAUUUUCUGCUGCUGUUCUUGAAUUAAUUCGUCACAUAAUCGUGGUUUUCGUA